AUGUUCCAACCAAUCAACUUCGAAAUAUUGAGAGCCAUCAUCUUAAUAGGCCCAGUCACCAAGCUCACUCCUAUCAAACUAGUCCGAUUGUUUCCUCCGGCAACUGUUGAGGAAAUGAUUGAUGAUCUGCAGGUCCGGUACAAUCACCUCAUCCAGCAACGUCCCGAGUCCAACCCAACCGAAGUCUGUGAAGUAAAAUACAUGCCUACAGUUAUGAUUCGUGCGGAUGGCCAAGACGAGGUUGCAUUGGAUCCGAACGAACAAGAGACCUUCAUGAAGAAACUUUACGAGAUGGGAAUGAGGCACGCGGCGACUUUUCCAGGAUCCGGCAAGAACCAAUUUGCGCAGACGUCCCGCCGGACUGGGCACACCCGAGUUAUCGAGUUUGAAUGGCGCAGAGAACUAGACGGCCGUAUUUUUGCUAAAAAUGACUAA